AAGGCAGAUAGUGUAAGGUGGUAUAAAUCAUGGAUGAAGCACGUACGGAAGUUAUUGCCCCAUGCGUGAAUUUUUGGCUCCAACCUACACUUUGAUGUGUCACGCUUUCAAAGGGGACGUGAGGUGUGAACAUUGUGUCGUCACAGUGAAACGGGCAAUGCUUUGGUUUUCAGCUAUUUCAUCAAUCGCAAUGUUUUUGGAUUGUUUACCCAACACCAUAUAAAGUGACGCCGUGAAGUGAGCUCUUCGCUCUGGCUGACUGAGCAAGCUGAGCUAGUGACAAUUGGAAGCAGCAUGAGAUAGAGGGGCAAGAGAACAGGGGCCGUGCUGCAUGGAGGUCCCUAAACCCAGGAAGAUCAUCCAUCCUGGGCAGAAGGAGGAAGGAGCUCAGGGCAAGGAUGGAAGCCCAACACCAAGUAUUGAAAGUGAUUCAGACCCCGCAGGAGAUAUGGGGGACACCUCUACAGACCACCAGAGCAAAUCAGUGUGUCAGCGACGCACCCAAGCACCCCAGAACCCCACCAUCAAUAAGGGCCUACAGCCAACGCCCCCUCCUGAGAGCAAAGUGCGCCGCAGCUUGCUCAACCUUCCUGUCAUCAACCCAGAAAGACUCAGGACAGCCAAAGCCUUGGUGGACAAAGCGUUGCAGAUGCAGAAGGUCUUUUCCAUCCAGGGUCAGUACCCGGUCGUUCGGGCUAUCCUCAGGGCCAGAGGUUGGGUAGAACGCCGUCUACCACAGCCAAAUCAACCUUGCAGGCGUCGCCGUGGAGAUGAGGAAGACGAUGGGAAUGAUGCAGAUGACAGUGAUGAUGAUGAUGAUGGUGAGAAUCCACACGAUGUUGAGAAACAGGAGGAUCCUGAUGACAUGUAUGAUAUCAUGUCACGCAUGGUGCGCAAUGAAAGGACAUACCUUUAUUGGACAACCCGUAGAGAGAACAUUGACAUUCGGAUUCUGCGAAAGGAACAGAUUACCAAUCACUAUGCAAAGGCGGGAACCAUCACCACCAAGGUGGGCCUGUGUGUCAACCUGAGGAACCUGAGGUGGUUCGACGCAGCUGACCCGGACACGUUCUUCCCUCGCUGCUAUAGGCUGGGUGCAGAAGAUGAGAAGUACGCCUUCAUCGAGGACUACAGGAGGACAGCCUGCACCAGCCUAUUGAAGUGUAUAGUAGAGAGGAGUUGUGGUGAGAGAGGAGAGGGACUAAAAGCUCGGACAGAUGCAUCAACCAAGCAGUCAGGUCAAAACAAAUCCAACAAGCGCCGACCAGUUGUAUCGGUGUCCAGCACAAUCAUUGACAUUGCAUUAGAAGUGUGUCAAGACUUUCUGGAUAGUUUGGAACAUAAUGACAUAGACAUUUCCUUGGACACGCCGCCAGCGCUUGAUGAAGAACAGUGGUCUGAGUUCAUUCACAAUUAUUACUGCGUUGUUCAUGAUGGAGUAGAAAUAGAAGACAGCUCUAUGUACCUGGGCAGCUGUCAGGCCAUGUUGCAGAAGCUUCAGGAGGUCAGUCCACAGCUGGAAACAGACGGUACUCACAACAUCUGGAUUAUCAAACCAGGGGCCAUGUCCAGAGGUAGAGGUAUAAUGUGUGCUAAGCGUCUAGAUGAGAUCCUCAGGCUGGUUGACAGUGACCCGUCCCUGAUUAAGGACAGUAAGUGGGUGGUGCAGAAGUACCUGGAGCGCCCCCUGCUAGUUCAUGACACCAAGUUUGACCUGCGUCAGUGGUUCCUGGUCACUGACUGGAACCCCCUCACUGUCUGGUUCUAUAAGAAGUGCUACAUGCGCUUCUGCACCCAGCCCUACUCAGUAGAGACUCUGGACAGCUCCAUUCAUCUGUGUAAUAACUCCAUCCAGAAGCACCUGCAGCCUUCUCUGCAGCGCCACCCAGAGGUACCGGCAGACAACAUGUGGUCGUGUGACCAGUUCAAAGCCUUCUUGUCUAGGCAAGGCUGGGGUGCACAGUGGGGGUCUGUGGUGGUCCCAGGGAUGAAGAAGGCUGUGGUCCAUGCCCUCCAGACAGCUCAGGACCUGGUGGAGUCACGACGAGGCAGCUUUGAACUGUAUGGAGCUGACUUCAUGCUUGGUCGUGACCUGAGGCCAUGGCUGAUAGAGAUCAAUGCCAGCCCCACCAUGGCGCCAUCCACAGCAGUGACUGCCCGCCUGUGUGCGAAGGUUCAGGAGGACACUUUACGGGUGGUUCUCGACAAACGUCUGGACAAGGGGGCACAAACCGGAGGCUUUCAGCUCAUAUGCAAGCAGGCUGCAGUGGAGGUGCCUCAGUAUGUUGGAGUCAACUUCCUUGUCGAGGGCUCCCAGAUCAAACGGCCCCGGCGCACUCCUCCUCUGAAAGCCUCUAAACUCUCUGAGCCUCGGACCAACCUAGGGGUCCCAAGACGGUGCCCCGCCAGUAAGGAGGAGACGAGGACAGAGAAAACAAAGACAGCAUCUAGGAAGUGGAUGAGGGCUGUGGUUAAACAGCUUUCCUUGUCUAGCACCAAGGUCCAGCCCCCUUCCUUUUCGGACAGGCCUCCGGCCACAGACACUUGGAGGCUGCAUUACCCAUGCCUGCCCAUGGGGGGUGUUCACUCGUAUCACAGGCCCCCCAUAGCUCAGUCCCGCUCCAUGGAUUUCUGGAGAAGGCCCCAGAUAAUAAAGCCUCGGUCGGUGCAAAACUGCAGACUCUUAGAUACCAGCUAUCAAGGCCCUAUCUUUCCUCUGGAGGUCAUACGCCUGCAGGACCCAGCCAAGAAGGCCCCUUCCCUGCAAUUCACUCCCUUUGUCCGUCAUCCUGGUUUCAGGUUUUCUCUACAUCAGGACCUCCACCAGUGCAUUGUCAGAGCUGCAUGCACAGGGAGAGGACACUACAAAAGCACCUGAUCCAGAGGAUUAUUAUAACCCUUCACUUGCUGUUACAUUUGAAGUUUGGUUAAUCAUUGUAGACCUACCUCAUAUAAAGUCAUUGUUGA